UUUAAUAAGCGAGAGGGAACAAAGCUCAGUAAGAUCGUUCUUGACCUGUUUCCAUUAAGGCGCAGACCCCGUAUUUAUCAGUUUUAAUAAAGCUCUCAACGUAAACAUACACUUAACGCCGCUUCCUAAUCGACUACCACGAUGACUUUUGAACAGUGUGUAUCAGAGUUCCAAGUGAAAGUUAUGUACGCUAGGAGAUAAACGUGGAGUUGCAGUCCGGGGGUUCCGGGAUAAUGUCGAUGUUCUUCUUCCGCUUACACAACCUACGGCGAGACGAGGGAAAGAUGCGCCGAACCAGACGAAACCUGAAUGCUGAUAAUUUGACAGCUCCAUCGCGUCUGCUGGAGAAACCGCUAAGCCAGCCUACAGACAGCCUUGACGAAAUCGCCUUCCAAAUACCCAGGGUCCGAGUGGAGUACUACGUCAACGAGAACACGUUCAAAGAAAGACUGCAACUAUACUUUAUAAAGAACCAACGCUCGAGUUUACGCAUUAGAAUAGUCAACUUAUUUUUCAAGAUAUUGGCAUGUCUCCUGUACAUAUUUCGCGUGUGCGCUGAUGGAGAUCCCAUUAAUGCUACUUGCUACGGCUGUAUGCCGGGUAACAAGAGUGUGUUCGAGUACUCCGCUAAGCUGACAGAAGAGGAGUUCCAGGAACGUCCUAUCAUCAACUGGGAUGGUAUCGUGUGGGUUAACCGCCCACUGUUCUUGUGGGUGCUGCAGGUCAUCCUCGCGAUGAUAUCGCUCUCCGAGGCUAUUCUGUUAGCCUACCUCGGGUACAAGGGCAACAUUUGGCAACAGAUUCUAUCCUUCCAUUUCAUACUGGAGAUGGUGAACACGGUCCCAUUUGCCCUGACGAUCCUCUAUCCUCCUUUGAGAAACCUGUUCAUACCAGUUUUUCUGAACUGCUGGCUAGCGAAACGAUCCCUUGAGAAUAUGUUUAAUGACCUGCACCGAGCUAUGCAGAAGUCGCAAUCAGCCCUAUCGCAGCAACUGAUGAUUCUUUGCGUUACUCUUCUAUGUCUCGUCUUUACCAGUGUUUGUGGAAUCCAGCAUUUCCAACGUGCAGGACACCGGCAUCUAAACUUGUUCCAGGCAACGUACUUUGUCGUGGUCACCUUCUCAACGGUCGGCUAUGGUGAUUUCGUACCUGAUAUCUGGCCCUCCCAGCUGUUCAUGGUCAUCAUGAUCGGAGUGGCUCUGGUAGUGCUGCCUACGCAGAAGCAUAAUUUUCAGUUCGAGCAACUCGCGUUUACCUGGAUGGAGCGGCAGAAGUUAGGAGGAUCUUAUAGUUCUCAUCGUGCUCAGUCAGAGCGUCAUGUGGUCGUCUGCUCCACCACGCUGCACGCAGACACUAUCAUGGACUUCCUCAAUGAGUUCUAUGCACAUCCAUUGCUGCAGGACUACUAUGUUGUUCUACUCUCACCUAUGGAACUUGAUACUACAAUGAGGAUGAUUCUACAGGUUCCGAUUUGGGCUCAGCGUGUUAUCUACAUCCAGGGUUCUUGCCUCAAGGACAGUGACUUGAUACGUGCACGUAUGAACGAAGCCGAAGCUUGCUUCAUUCUUGCUGCGAGGAAUUAUGCUGAUAAAACUGCUGCAGAUGAGCAUACUAUUCUCAGAUCGUGGGCGGUAAAAGAUUUCGCUCCUGAUGUGGCGCAAUACGUACAAAUAUUCCGGCCAGAGAACAAGUUACAUGUGAAGUUCGCUGAAUUCGUGGUCUGCGAAGAUGAAUUCAAAUAUGCACUUUUGGCAAACAAUUGCACUUGCCCUGGUGCUUCUACUCUUGUUACGCUUCUGCUGCAUACCAGUCGCGGACAGGAAGGUCAACAAUCCCCUGAAGAGUGGCAUCGCCUGUACGGCAAAUGUUCCGGAAAUGAAAUUUACCAUAUCGUUCUUGGAGACAGUCGUUUCUUCGGUGAAUAUGAAGGAAAAAGUUUUACUUACGCUAGUUUCCACUCACACCGCAAGUACGGGGUGGCUUUGGUAGGAGUUCGUCCAGCCGAAUUACCAGAAUUCUAUGAAGAAACAAUACUUUUGAACCCGGGACCGAGACACAUAAUGAAAGCGAGCGACACGUGCUAUUACAUGAGCAUAACAAAAGAAGAGAAUUCCGCUUUCGUAGUUUCCGAUCAACAAACCGAAAGCAAACCGUUGAUAACAAAAGAUCAAACUGCAUGUAGCCUCCUCUCUAGCGAAGGAAGAAGAAAGGGCGGAGACGGCGAGGAGGCCGCGGCCCAGCCCAGAACAGCAGACGGUAGUAACAUGGCUCAAUCAGCCCUUCCACAAGUGGUUCUACAAGCUCCCGCGACCUCCCCACCAAAUGCAUCGCCAUCACGCAUCAAUACUGUAUCAUCCGCUAAUUUAACUGUUGCUAGCUAUAAAGUGGACGGGUUGGACCACAGGGGGGGUCUCAAAGAUUCACCAGCCACAGAUAGCGCCACGGACAGUCAUUUGCUUCUACCAAGAACAGAUAAUCAUUAUUUAAGUCCGGACACUCUUCAUCAUCGGCGAGGUAGUCGGCGACCAUCGAUUCUACCAGUACCGGACAUGGUGACCAGUAGCUUUAACAUCGCAGAAGAAGAACGGGAAAGGGAGAGGGAACUAGACAUGAGCGAGGAAGAGUUAGAGGAUAAUGUGCCCUGGCGUACCCCUUCAGAGAAGAUUGCUGACGACGCCACGUCAUCCAGUCUCUCAUCGCUGGCACUCGGCGACGCGGCACCCGCCUGGCGCAAUGACUUUACCAGGAUAGUGAAGGGGUUCCCGCCAGUGUCACCGUUCAUCGGGGUGAGCCCUACUCUCUGCUACCUGUUGAAGGAGAAGAAGCCAUUAUGUUGCUUGCAGCUAGCACAAGUGUGCGAACACUGCGCCUAUCGUAACGCUAAGGAGUACCAGUGGCAGAACAAGACAAUCAUUCUAGCCGCAGACUACGCUUCAAAUGGCAUAUACAACUUCAUUAUUCCCCUUCGAGCUCACUUCAGAACCAAAACAUCUUUGAAUCCUAUCAUACUUCUCCUGGAACGAAGACCUGAUAUCGCGUUCCUCGAUGCUAUAUCUUACUUCCCACUUGUCUACUGGAUGAUGGGAUCUAUUGACUCGCUGGAUGACCUACUGAGAGCUGGAAUAACACUUGCAGAAAACGUAGUGGUUGUAAACAAAGAAUUAUCCAACUCGGCUGAGGAAGACAGUUUGUCUGACUGCAAUACCAUCGUCGCCGUGCAGACCAUGUUCAAAUUUUUCCCAUCGAUAAGAUCAAUAACAGAACUGUCGCAGUCAUCAAAUAUGCGUUUUAUGCAAUUCCGAGCUCAUGAUAAAUAUGCAUUGCAUCUUUCCAAGAUGGAAAAGGUAUUUAAUUCCUUUCAGAGAGAGAAAGAGCGAGGUUCUCAUAUCUCGUAUAUGUUCCGUCUCCCCUUUGCGGCGGGUUCCGUAUUUUCAGCAUCCAUGUUGGACACACUACUCUACCAGGCCUUCGUCAAAGAUUACGUCAUCACCUUCGUGCGGCUGCUGCUGGGGGUCGACCAGGCUCCCGGCUCAGGCUUCCUAACAUCUAUGAGAAUAGGAAAGGAAGACAUGUGGAUUCGCACGUAUGGCCGACUAUACCAAAAGUUGUGCUCGACUUCUUGCGAAAUCCCCAUUGGGAUCUAUAGAACGCAGGAUACAAGCCUGGCCGACCCCUCACACCACGUGAGUAUGUCGCCACGCGGCUCGCCAAGUUGGUUGUGGUCACGACUGACGGGAAUGCGACCAUCGCGGCCAUCGCAGGGCGGGCAGAGCGAGGCGCGGUCUGGGGAUUCAAGGGGGGCGCGAGACACGAGUUCCAGCUCCCCCACGGGCUGCCUCACGGGCUGCUACGGCGACCGCACGCCGGUGUAUUCAGCGAGUCUAGCCGACGAGGCAAGAGACAACCACGCGCAACAGAUAGAACGGGCUGAGAUUGCAAAUCUGGUUCGUUCCCGCAUGGAGUCGCUCAACCUGAACGUCAUUGACUAUGACGACGUGAGUGAGAAGAGGAACAGUCUCUCCUACGUUAUUAUUAACCCAAGCUGCGACCUUAACCUGUGUGAGGGAGACGUCAUAUAUUUGGUUCGGCCAUCUCCAUUCGCAGCUCAAAAAACAUUCGAAAGACACAAUAGCAGACGAAAAUCGAACAUUAGUUUUUGUUCAAGUGUAUGCGCAGCAGCAAGUGCUGGGAGCGGACGACGUGGCUCUACACUUUCAGGUGUGCGGGCACCGCCACUCUGUACCACAAAAGCAAAUUCACUAUCAUUACCAGAUAGUCCAACUGUCCUCACAGAUUUUCGUGGUCGCUCAAACUCUCUGCGAGUUGUGGAUGAUGCGAUGUUGUGCCGAUCAGCAUCGCUCCGUCAGGGGCUUGGCACAAGCCCACGGAGGAGAAAAAGCAGUCUCGAGGAAAUCGGAAUUACGCAUUUUAAUUCUCUGUUACAACAUCAGCAGCAACAGCAAGAGCAGGACGCUGAAGCGAUUAAAAUGGCUUUGCAAGGAAGUGCUGGACUGGAGGUGACACCACUGGAAGACAGAUGGCCGGAGUUGCGUCCUUCUUCGCCUGAGCCCCAACACCUGCAGGGAACCAUCGUCUAAUUCGGUCCCACUUUGGGUCCUCUAAGCAAUUGUUAAUGAAUAUUUAUACAGUACAACAGCUCCAAAGAGUUUAGUGACUGUCCCCUUCAUAAACUUAAUUCACCUAAAAGUUAUUUUGUGAGGUUUGCACGAAGUCUUCAAUCUGGCUGUCUUUUGAAAUUCUUCAAAGUCCCAAUUGGUUAAGUAAUGACUGCAAAGUAAAUGACAUGUUUUAGAGUUGGGGCUGACGUAUUGUGUAACUGGUUAAAGUAAACGGCUUAGCGUCGCGUUUGUAGCCUGAAGUAGCGCGAGCGGCAGUGUAUGUUAGCGGGAUCAACUAGGUAGUUAGUGAUAAGGGGAACACGUCGGCGUAAGGCUGUACAUAUUCGCUUCAUCCCCCCCCUCCCCCUCACAGACCAGUUAACCCUUCACUACUCCCUCCAUAACCUUAUGGCCUUGUCUGUAAAUAUCUAAUGUAUUACGCAGCUGCAAUGUUAGGAAGGUUAUUUUCUUCUAUGUCUAACACAAUAUUUGUUUCGACGAAAUAAAAAGUACGAGUAUUAACAUUCACUAAGUUAUUCAAUUUUAGAGCAAUUAUGUCGUCAGUUUACUGCGACGGUUAACGCGAAAUCGUUAAAGUUUUAACAAUAUAUUCGUGUGUGUAGUGUCUGCACUUACAUUAAAAUUGCCAUUGAGUCUUGGCCGCUUCAAAAAAUGAUUUGAUGUUUUAUUUACGAUAAGUAUGCUUGCUUUAAUAUGAUACAAAUGUGGUGAAAACUUGAUUCAUCGAUAAAAAACUAAAGCAGGGUUUCUCUGUAAUACAAUUAGCACUCUCUAACAUAUUUUAAUAAUCAGUCAUCUAACGACGGUACCCAAUGACUUGUACAAUUUAUAGCGCUAUUGAUGUUAUAGGGUAUGCCAGCAGUAUCUUUAAGGAAACUGUAUUUUUCCUUAUUCAUUAAUGAUUACCACCAGUAUAAUAGUAACUUUUCUCGAUGUUAUUGCUAAAUGAUAUGAUUGUGAGACCCCAUUAUUAUUAUGUUGUUAUUAGACAAAAAUCAACUUAAUAAGAUCCAAAUCUAGACAGUUAUAUAUAUAUACAAAUGCGAUACUUGCUACAAAUUAUUAUAAGUGUAAUGUAUGAACUUCGACCGAGCUUAUAGGACCUUUAUUUCCCAGCCACAAUUAUAUUCUAUUAAAAAUAUAAAACACGAAUUUGUAAGCAACACAUUCAAUAGAAAACGCAGAUUGCGAACUAAUUAAUUAAUCUUGAAAUAUGUAAUCUUACGUUUACGGCUUUAAAUGUUGGUCAUAGACCAUAAUAUCAAUGUUACAUAGAUUCUCUUAGUUAAGAUUUUGUAGUACAUAUAUAUGUGGAUAUAUAGAUAUACAAGUUAGCGGAGUUAGCCAGUCCUGUUCCACCAUGGCCAAGACUUAUUGGCCUUAGCGAAAUUAUAAUUUACAAUUAAUGUAAAAAAGAGAUUUAUAAUGUAUUAUUAGUAUAUAGCGUAGAAUAUUCGAGAUUAUAUCAAUAUAUUUAUCUUUAUUCCACUAUGUUUAACUAUAACUUGGCAGUGAAGCCUUUCAUUUAAUGCGAUUCUAAUAAAUUCAACACACAGUAA